UUCAAUCAUCAUCACUGUCAUAGUCAUUGAAAAAAAUAUUUCAAUCUGGGACAAGUUACAUUGUGAUUUCUAUUUAUCAUUGAGUGGAUUUAUUUUGUGUGUAUGACAUCAACAUGUCACUGGGAAAUAACCGCACGGAUCAUAUGGUCUGCAGUGAUCCAUUAUGCACAACAACCUCUGACCCUUAUUCGGGCAGGAUAACUUGCAGGUGUUUCCAGACCCAGAUGCAGGAUACGAGGGGAGGGUACCAGCCAAACGGACAGUACCCCUCUAUCCCUAGUACCACAUACGCCUCCCAUUCCAUGUACACUAAUGGGUACAACAUGGACCCACUGUCCAAUUCAUCAUCAUUACUGAGCUCACAGACGAUGCGGAUGGACAACGGGUCAUAUCCGCCUAUUCCAUCCAGCGCCCUGACAAACGGAGGGCUCCACUCAUCUUCUCUGCUCACUAACAACCUCCAUCCUCCUCCGAGCACGUUAACCUCAAGUGGAAUCACAUCAAACAGUUUGACGUCACAGUUUCAAGCGCCCCUUUCACCUAGUCUGGUCACCGCAUCCAGCGUGAAUAAUUUAGACACAGUGUUGCGCUCUCAAGUUUACAACUAUAUGAAUAUGCAGUAUUCAGGUUUCGACAUGAAUGGAGGACGGCGUAAAAAUGCAACUCGGGAAACAACUGCCCCCUUGAAAGCAUGGCUGAAAGAACAUAUGAAAAACCCUUACCCGACAAAAGCGGAAAAAGUUAUGCUUGCCAUAGUGACGAAAAUGACUCUGACACAAAUUUCAACGUGGUUCGCUAAUGCAAGAAGGAGGCUUAAGAAAGAAAACAAGGGUGAAUGGAAUUCGGACAAUUCAAAUAAUUCUAGUGAUGAGGAUAACACAAAUGACGAUCUUCCCGCCAAUUCUGCUGAUCGUUUGUCAGAGGAACCCAUUCCUGUUCCAUCGGAUGAAAUCGCAGACGAGAAUUCCAAUUCUGCGACACGACUUCCAGAGCCAAGCAUUCCAAUCACGCCAAUGAAUGCAGGACAUGAACUUCUGCCACCACCACCACUACAAUCACAGAUGUCUUCAACUUCCGUUCUCGAUUCCAGCACACCGCUGAAAGUCCCUCUACCCUCGUUCUCAACCUUUAUGGGUGGAAGUGCCUCAAAUCACCCUGAACCCACCGUCCACCAUUACGCAAACGGAAGUCAGCAAAUGCCACCAUCCAAUUCACUUCCACCGUACAACAAUGUUUAUCACCAUCAAUCAUCUUACACCCAACCUCAUUCGAAUUUCCAGCCCGGAUUUCCUAAUACAUCGAAUUAUAAUUCAGCUUCUUCUUAUCAGUAUGACUCAGUGGCUAAUUACUUCAGGAACCAUCCAAAUUUUGCCCAUGAAUACAAUACAGUGGCAGAUAAGGAGAAUCUCCAAGUGCUGGACGCUCACAAUAUGCUAAGCGCCGACUUCCUGGCAGAUACAUCCGUUGGAAAAAAUAGUGACAGUGAAUCUAGUGGUCAGAAAAGUUCGGACAGUAGCCCUUCUUCCGUCAAAUCUAAAAUUUGGUCCAUCUCUGAAAUCAUUGGAUCCAGCAUGUCCAAAAUCAACGAGAGUGAUCUAGGUGCUUUCGCGCAGUCACUUCUGGGAGAAGAAAAGUGACCAUCAAGUUUCAUUCUACCUAUUUUCUCAGUCAUUUGCUACAAACUUCAACUCUGCUAUUUAUAUAUGUUUAGCUUGUUAUUUUUGUUACUAAUUAUAUGCAUGUUGUUACUGAAAUA